CCUAUAUCUCUUGACUAUUUUAUUUUUCUGACAGAAGCUCAUGGUAUAUCUUACUCAGGCCUGUGAGCAGUGCUCCUUUGGCGACAUUGGUGCAGAGAGGAGAACCCCACCACCAGCAUGAGGUUCCCUUCACUGGUGGCUCCAAUAUUGCACUUUCCUCUGCCAACUGGUCUCCACACUUUGCCUAGCACCUUAAAGACGUCAACUCUUUCUCCUAAGGAAUUUCUUGGCAAUUGUCGAUUGCUAAGCACAUGACUUCAUGAGUGUUCCCCUAAUACACACGCAUGUUGUAAACUACCAUGCAGACUAUUGAUGUGAUUUAAAGCACCUGUACAUAAUGAGACAAGAGAACUUUUGACUGCAUAUUCAAACUGGUGUGAAAUCUCAGGAAGUGGUAAUGGCUAACAUUGGUGAAUGAGGACAAUGUGAGUUAGGAUGAGACAUUUUUUGGGCAAGAUUUGAAAGGAAACAUGCAUUUAGAUGCAUAGGAAUUACUAAGGUUUUUUCUAAUCAAGCCUUGAGGAAAAUUUGGCUUUGAAAGCAGGAGAUGCUCAGUGGCUCUGCCCCAGGAAAGUCUCCUGGAAAGGGCACCUCUGCUUAUGCUCAGUACAGGGAGAACAUUAGCAGGGGGGCAAAGUCUGCUCCCCAUGACAUCUGCUGUCCCUUCUUGGACAUUCUAUUGUCUCCUAGAGAGUUCUGGCAUCCUCUGUGAUGUCACCAGUGUUGUAGUGACAACCAGUGCCCUAGUUUCUCUCAGUCUGAGUCUGGCAGUUACAAGCUAAGACAUGUUUUCCCGUCUUCGCAAGCGUUUUGGGAGGGGGAACGUCGAUUGUGGAGAGACUAGAGUGAAGGAGUCUAGCCUUUCCUCUCAAAGUAAUGAUGGACAAAGACAGCACUUCUGGGGAAUGUUCAACACUGGGAGAGAAACAUUAUCCCCUGGAACUGCCCUAAGCGAGAAGCAGGCCAAGAAGGAAAAGGAGAGGCUGAUUAAAGAGCUGCAGCUCAUUACCGAGGAGAGAAAUGACCUGAGAGAUCGCCUGAGGUUUCUGACAGAGAGAUCCAAGAACAACAGGCCACACUUCAGGCCAAAUCCAUAUUAUGAAGACCUGGAGAGAAUGGAGGAGGUGGUCAUGUCAAUUCUGCACAACUUAGAGAUGGAGAACACUGAGAUCCAUGAGAACAGCCAUAAGCUGAAGAAGGAGAUUACCUUCUCUAGAAACCUGCUCAGCCAGCUCCUGAUGGAGAACACAUGUAGGAAGAAGUUGGUCCCACUGAAGCAGGAGAGCAAGGAGGGACAUCUUCAGUGUGCACUGAACCAGAAAUAUUUGGUUGCCUUCAACAAGAAAGAUAAAGACCAGCAACGUCCAGAUCCAGCAUCAUCAGGUCUCAGAAAGUGCAAGAGAGCUGGAAUUGGACACACCCCAGUAAGAGAGCUUCCUGAAGAAUGAGUUGCUUUCUCAGGAGUCCCUGAUGACAAACAUCCUGAAUGAAAACAGCACUUGAGAGACAACUUGGGGGACUGCCUUUUAUUAUGUGUGCUAGAGGAGAAACAGCAAUACAUCUAUGCUUCUAAAUGUUCGUUAAGAAUAUGCUCUUUAGAAAUAUUUUUGUUUUGAUUUUCAUUGAAGUUUUCUUUUUGUUGUUUCAUAUUUAUAUGUUCUUGUUACUAUUUUUCACUUUGAAAUAUUUUUAAAUAUUUUUAUUCAUUUUAAUCCUGUUUUGUUGUCAAAAUGUAUUUGUUAUCAAUAAAAAUUGAAUUCUA